AUGUUCAAUCUGGAACUCAUAUGGCUGUCCCGCGCAACCCCCCACGUCGAUCUCGUCUUCGUUCAUGGCUAUGGCGGCAAUUCUGAAACCACAUGGCAUGACGAGUCCACGGGCAAGAUCUGGAUCAAAGACGAAGAGUUCAUCACCCGCAUCAAGAGGCCUAUCCGCAUCUUCUCCUUCAGCUACAAUGGCGACGUAGACGCAAACCUGUCGUCAUCCAGCCCGGCAUUUCACGCAAACGAUCUGCUCUGCUGCCUGGAGCAAGCUCUCCGAAAAUCUCCUGGGAGACCGUUGAUAUUCAUUGCUCACGGCUUUGGAGGCAUCAUCGUCAAGAAGGCGAUCCAGUUGUGCUUCGUGACACCAUCAUAUCCGCGGACCAAGAAUGCACUGGCCGGUAUCGUCUUCUUUGGCACCCCACACGCCGACACAGAUUCUGAGGCACUGCUGCAAUCCGUCAGAGGAACAGUCGAUGCCUUUGGUUCAGAAGAUGGAGUCACGACUCAAGAUAUUCGGGAAUUUGUCUCCAUAGUCAGCCGCAUCAACGCUGCCUUCAUCACCUGCAAACCUAGCUAUUUGAGGCUUCUCUCCUUUUGGGAAAGACUCCCUUCAGAGGCCAGUAUUCUGGGUGUCAUCCCUCUUCAAUGCCAGAAAGAAGAGCUUCAGGGUAAUACGGACCACAUCAUAGACUGCAGCCACGAGGAGCUGCCGCGGUUUUCGAGCAUCUUUAGCGAGAGGUUCAUGCAGUUCAUGCAGAUAUUCUCUCAAUUUCUGGUCGAUACGCUGUCGGAACGCGCUGUGGCAACUGUUUCGCCGCCCAUCAGCCGUACACCAUCACUGGGUCUGGAACGCCCUCUCCCGAUCGAAGACAUUCCCAGCAUCAAGAGGCAUGAUUUUCCAAUCAUCAAGCCUCGGCGAAGGGUGUGGAGGAUCGACAACGAUUUACAAAGCCGGGAACGCAAGAGCAAAGACAAUGAAGAUGUCACUGCCAGAGAAAACUUCCUUCGCUCACUGAGUGGCUGGUCAGAGGCCAAUUACGGAAAUGAUGUCUAUGUUACUGCCGGAACGUGCGAAUGGUUCAAGGAUGGCGCCAUCUACAAGAACUGGCUUACCGACCCAAAAUGCGGUACCAUCUUUUAUCUAGGAGCGCCCGCACACGGAAAAUCACACCUCGCCCGUGCCGUCUAUACUCAUCUCAAGUCAUCCAAGCCAGACGACAUCGUCAUAGGCUACUUUUGCCAAAAGGGAGAAGAGAAACCCGCAACCUGGGAAUACUUUACUUGGCAGCUGAUAAAGGAGUGGCCGGACUGGUUCCUUCACAUUCCCAUUCAAUUUCGCCGCGGUGUGGGUGAAUCUACUCCUCCUCUACUGGAUUCUUCUGCGUUUGCCGAAAUAUGGACCUCUUUCCGGAAAGUCUGCUCGCCUCGGACAAUAUACCUCAUCGUGGAUGGGCUGGAGCAAACGCCUUCGGCCAACUUCACGGAUUUCUUUGCCCUGGUGGAGCAACUGAGGCAACCCAUCGCCUUGGGGCCGGAGAAACAGUCUAGCAAUCUGGUCGAAAUACCGACCAAACUGAAGCUGGUCAUCACGAGUCGCUGGACGGACGCCACCUUCACAGCCUCAAGCACAACCUCAUGCUGCUCUCUACCAGAGGAAGACCUCAAGAAAGACGUCGCAUUGUACUUGGACAAGAAGUUCUUGGCUAUAUCGAACGCGAGGCCAGAGUCAGAGCACGACCUGAUAGAAAAGAUCAAAGAGCGAAUCGAUCAGAAGGCAGCAGGUUAUUGGCUCUACGCCAAACUCGCGGUCGACGAAAUCGAAGGUCUGUGUGGCCAAAACUCCAUCCAUGAGCUUCAAAAAGACUACAUUCCAACCAAACUGGCACGGCUGUACGAGGCGAAGAUGCUGCCGUUACUGCAAUCUGCCAACAACAGCGAAAGACACCUGCGUACCGUCCUAACACUGAUUGCUUCCGAAGACGUCGGCCUUGCUUUUUCUAUCAAACAGCUCGAGGACUUUCUCGUGUGCUUGUAUGGUCCGGACGAUAUGCCCGCUGGUGGCCUUGCCAAAUCUAUACAAUCAUAUUGCGGAGACCUGUUCUGGGUCAGCCCAACGGACUCGCUCGUGUUUUCCGUCCACACUUCUGUCCGCGGCCAUCUAAACGGGUACCUUUCACCGGAGCAUAGGCGGACCAACGUUGCCUUCGUCUGCCUUACAUAUCUCCUUGAGGAUCGCUUUUGCAGCCGCUUGCCUCUGACUGAUAGAGAGAGCACAGGGGAGAGGAUGGCCAACACGGCGCCCUUUUAUGGCUUCGCGGCUCAGGGCUGGCUAAGCUAUCUUGCCAAGCUGAAGACGCUCAGUCCCCAGCUGGUGCCGCUUCUGCAAAGAUUUUUGUCCAUCGGCUGCCCGCAGUAUCAGACAUGGCUCCAUUGGAGGUCAUGGCUCGUCAAGGAAAAGGCUGAGGAAACGACUCCAGCAAGUGAGGAUCCCAUAAUGACCAUGGUUCGAGAAGGAUGUGUCGCUGUUGUUCAGCAUUUCCUCCCGUCUCCAUCAACCCAUUUUGUUCCCUGGAAGGCCAAACUUGAGAGUUGGAUCCAGGGCACGCCAUUUAUGAGGGAACAGCAUUCCGGUGGCCAGCUUGCAAGACAAUGGCCCAAUAUCACGGGUGUGCAUGGCCACACCCUCCUGAUGGCAGCAGCACUUAGUGGAAGCCGUGCCAUGGUUGAGCACGUUCUGCAGUGGAAUGUUGAGACAACCGCGCGAGACGAAGGUGGCAGGACAGCUCUCUUGCUCUGUCUCACUUCGGACAGACUGAUGAGGCCUAGAGCUCAAGCUGAAAGGGAAAAUGUGUACGGUAUUGUGGAAACCCUAUUGCUCAAUGGCAAUAGCCCAAACAUAAGUGACUAUCACGGUAUCACACCUUUGCACGUAGCUUGCGUGCGGGGCAAAUUGGAUCUCGUCCGGCUUCUGCUCAGGUUUCAUGCCUUGGUCAACGUUACGGAUUCGUGGGGCUAUACGCCUCUUGAAAGGGCGUACACUACCAAUAACGUUGCCUUAGUGGAGAUGCUGCUCAUCAGAGGUGGUGCUGAUGCAGAAGCGUGGAUGCUGGGCGGAGAGCCACCGCUGGCCAGGUGCAUAUUUGACGGAAAGCUUGACAUGUUCAAGGCCUUUCUCCCAUUUGCGGACAUUAACCAGGCUACCAUGCUCGGAUUCGCACCCAUCCAUCUGGCUAGCGAUGGAGCUGAGAGGAUAGAGUUUCUUCGGGCUUUGCUUCCCAGGCCUGGCCUGAAUCUGGACGCUGUCAGCUCACUGACCGAACGUUUCAAGGUCAAACGCACCACGGCCCUUGGAUAUGCCAUCAACAGCCAUAAUCAUACAGCGCUAGAAUGGCUACUGGAAGCUGGAGCAUACCCGGGGCUUCUUCCAGAGGUCAGCGCGCCACCGCUUCACGAUGCCGUUGCCGCUCAAGAUCGAUCCAUGGUGGAGCUGUUGUUAUUCUAUGGGGCGCCUGUGAACGACUUCAAGCGUCACUAUUUCCCCUUUACCGCGUUGGGCCAUGCUGUGGACUUAGGCCAUGAACCCAUCGUGGAGUUACUCCUUCGAAAUGGUGCAGAUGCGUCUACGGAAGAAGGCUACGGCGUCACCGCUCUGAUCGAGACAGCGGUAACGAGGGAGGGUCCUCCUAUUCCUAAGAUUAUACGGCGGCUGCUGGAGUCACGCCAUCCUCCGGACGUCAACUACAUCAGAGACGGCGAAGACCACUGCAUUAUAGGGGCCGUGGAUCAAGGAGAUGUUGAAACUGUGUCCCUUCUCCUAGAACACGGAGCGGACAUGAGCAUCUAUCCUGAGUCUGGCAAGAGAUUAUCGCCCCUUCACAAGGCUGCCGGACAAGGCUAUGUUGAAAUAUGCGAUAUUCUGCUGAAGCACGAGCCCCGGCUUCUGGAUCUCCAACUCGAGAAGGGAUUCAUGACCGAAUCCCCCUUAUUUGAGGCAUGCCACCAGAAACAGAAAGCUACCGUCCGCUUUCUCUUGGAUAAGGGAGCCAAAGCAGACCAGGUCAGCUACUAUUACAAGGAAUCCCCAUUGUUCACGGCUUGUGAUGUGGAGGAUUUGGACGUUGUCAAGAUGCUCUUGGAAGCAACGCCUCACAUGAUCAAUGUCCCUACGGCUUUUGACUGCACUCCCCUUGCAUAUGCUUGUGCCCAUGGAAACCUGGAAAUGGUCAAGCUGCUGAUUGAAGCCGGGGCAGAAAUCUAUCACGACAAGGACUCGGACACUACAAGCGCCUUCAGUCGGAUCUUUGAAGCCAAGGGGGACAAGCCUUUCAAGACCCUCCAGCUAUUACUGAGCAGUGGCCUGGACAUCCACGCCGUUGACAACGAGACUGGUCUCACCGUUCUCGGCUUGGCUAUAGUAGAUGCCGAAGCGAGACACGUCAGAUGGCUUCUUGAACACGGUGCUGAUCCGCUACGUGCCCAGAGAGGUCCUGGGGCUAAGGGAAAGUGGCGAACCGCCCUUCAGGUGGCUACUCAUACGAGCAACAAGAACAUCAUGGCGAUUGUAGACUUGCUGCUGGAGCCGCGCUGGGGUCUAUGGGAUCACUUGGCUCACAAGGACUAUCAUGGAGGCGCUCUGUUGCCUGUAAUGGCUCGAUCACGCAAGAAUCUGCAAAUCACAUCCCGCUUAGUGUCCGCAUGCGAUACCAUCUUGCAGGAGACGGGAAAGGAUGUCUUCUCCGCCAUUGUGGACGAACCAAAUUUCAUUGGCCUCACUCCUGUCGACUGCGCCAUGAACGAACUGGAAGCAAAACCCACGGCAUUACCCGAGCUCGACAAGGUCAUCGUCUCUCGCAUCGAUGAGCUCCUCGCCGGGCCUCGGACCACAGAGAAACAUCUCCUCUUGCUGGACUACCUCGUCUGUCUCCUUUUUGCGCGCGGAGGAUACGAGACUGAUACAGCAGUUCUGGCCGAGUACAUUCUUACGAGGCCUCAGGUACGGUGGGACCAUGACGGCUGUUACAUGGGAUCAGUGGCCCUGCAGACGUGCUUUGUCUGCGACAAGUCCAUCUACGAUCCCUACUUCUAUUGCAUUCUCUGCGAAAACUCGUGGUGCGCGGACUGUAAGAGCAAGCAGGACAUGAUUAGCCUGCACGAGCACAAGUGGUUCCCCAUGGAUCUUCGCAAGGACCUCGAUAUCAACGCGCCAGACAUUCAAGAGAUUCUGGCAAAACUGCGCAGGGUGCUCACUCCCACAACAAUCCUCGAAAAUCAUAGCGAGAACUCUCAGCCAAACGAUCAACCGUCAAGCGAAACAAGCUCCUCCAUCAGCAACGAGACGAACGAGGAACAGCCCUUCUCCCACCUCGCACAAGCCCAAAUCUCCCUCCCGCUCGCCACCCUGCACGCCUUCAACUUCCUAGCCAUCAGCAGACCCAUCUGGACGCCCUUCUUCCCUCUCUCCCCGGCAGUCCAAGCCCUCAUCGACCCCUGGCUCGCUCAGUGGUCCAAGCAAGGAGAAUACCGCCGCUGGAAGGGCUUCGUGGAAAGGAGGACCCUGGACUACGAGAACUCCGCAUGGAGACGCUUCCAGGAAAUGCAGUACCUAAAGAGAGGGUUCACUAGGGCGUAUACAGAUGUCGAGAGCGUGAAACGCGAUUUUGUGCUCUCUGAUGUUCGCCGAUUGUUCAGUAUCGGCGAGGACGAGGGUGGGGUUGAUGUGAGGUCUGCGGUGCCAAGGGAUCGGUUGGUCAAGGUGGUUGGGAGGAGGGCAUCUUGA